AUGGCGACGGUGCGCUGCAACACGCCUUCGUUUCUGAUCUACGAGCAGCUGGUCACCGGCUACCUGAAAGGCCACCAGCUAAUUACCACCAUCAUCGGCAGCGAGAUGACGGACAAUGUCCUGAUGGAGGCGAUGCAAUGCGAGUACAACAGGCUGGUGCUGUCUUCGUACAAGCUCUACACGGUCGAUACUUACCUCAAACUGGUGGAAAGUGAUCGUGCCGAUCGUACGUACGGGUUGAACAACAAUCCGUACUCGUUCUGGGAAGCGUUCCACUGUGAGGCCAACCUGUCCGCCACGGUGGACCAUCUGCUGCCGGCCAUCGCUUUCCGGAAUCCGAUGACCAAAGUGAUCCUGCUGAUACGGAAAAUCGCAAAGUACGACAUGCUGCAGAUAUUUCACGUCGCCUGGUUCAAGUACCGGUUGCUGAACGUACUCAUCCUGAGCCGUGUAGACCCGGACACGCUCAUGGUGUGCCUGUUCAAUCCGUACCUCACCGAACCGUCGGUGCUGGAUGAUCGCAACAUGUUCUGCCACCGGUUGAGCACCAUUGACGAGGUGGCUGCGUUCAAUCGUGAUGUCGACCAGUUUACUCGGGAACGCAUCCGCAAUCUUCAUUUGUACCCGUUGCGGAUCGCCAUCACCGAUGUCGACCUAAUGUCGAAAGCGGUCCGAUAUGGCAACGGAACCAUCCGACGCUACGAGUACCUCGAUGGCGAGAUGGUUGAAAUAAUGCGAGAACGGUUGAACUUUUCCGUUCAGUUCGUUGAGCUGAGCUACCAGGAGUCGGUUGGGUUCGUCACAUCGAACGGCAGUCUCGGCGGCACCCUGCAAAUGCUCGAGCAAAACUCCAUCGAUCUGGCGGCCAACUCCCGGUCGACCAUCGAGUACCCGAUGCGGAACCUGCAUUACGUGCAUUUCCUCUGUCCUCUGCGGCUGGUGUUCGUGGUGCCGAACAACUACUACGCCAACCGGUUCAAAGUGGUCUUUUUCCACACGUUCUCGAUCCAAAUGUUCAUAUUCGACUUUGGGAUAUCGCUGGCGCUGCCGUUCCUGCUGCUGGUGGUAAUGCGCAGCCGGCUGUCGGUGGCGGCGUACGCGGAGGAAGUGUUUCGCACGCUGGCCAUUGCGCUGGCGACGACCGUGAGCAUGCCGCGCGGUCUCCGGCCCCGGCUGGUGCUGAUGGGACUGAUGUUCUACAGCAUCGUGGCCUAUUCGGCCUGGCAGGGUGUGACGAUCAUUCGCCUGAACAUGGACGACGAGAAGCUGCACAAUAUUAACACGCUGAAGGAGCUGCUCGAAUCGGACCUGGAGCUGCAAGCGAUCCUGUCUUUCGGCAACGCGAUCUGGAGCAAGAACUGGAGCACGAAGGAUGUGCGGGGAAAGUUGGCGGCCCGGCUGAACGUGCAGGCCAACCCGUCGUCGCAAAGCCUCCUGCCGCUGGUGGCGGACAACCGGACCUCGGCGUCGUUGAUCAUCGAGUACUUCACGGACGUCGUCAAGUCGCGGUACUUCAACACGGAGCGCAAACAGAGCAAGGUGCACAUCGUGCCGCAGUACUUUAUCGAGUAUAUGACCGCGAUGGCCAUACCGAAAAACUCUCCCCUCCUGCCGUCCGUCACGGGCUUGACGAUGGGCUGCCUGGAGAAUGGGAUCGUCAACCAUCAGCUGGCGCUCAUCCGGAUCAAAGGGAUGCUGCUGCACAUUGCCCGCAACCGCAACAAAACUCUCAGUUUCGAGGCAGAGACCAGGAAGGUGACCCUUAACAAUAUGCGAAUUGUUUUCUCCGCGUAUGUGGCUAUGAAUGGCGUGGCAAUUUUGGUAUUUAUCUACGAGAUCUGUAAAUACCGGUAUGUACGCCAGAAAUGGCGCAGGGCCAGGCAACGGGUGCGGCAACGAACCGUCAUGUGGCCGUAUGUUAGGUAG